AUGUGGGACAACGAUGAAGUGGCCAACGAGUCAGAGACAGAGAAGGAGUUGCACGCCAUUUUGGUAUUCGCGAGGUCUCUCAAAGGGAAGGUGGUUAUAGUUGAGGUUGAUAGAACAGACAACGCACUUGUCCACCAAGUAGACAACGGUAUCCAACAAAGACAGACAAAGAACACAGAUGAAAAUCUCCUUGAGCCUGAGAAGAAAAAGAAUGUCAUUAGGACAGGCCAGUCUUGUCUAUUUAUGUCCAUGAGAGUUCAAGCCGUUGAGAUACAUCGCGCCAUCCACUCACGCCAUCCAGACAAGUUGUACACCGCCAUCCUGUCGAGCAUCCCAAUCAAGGAUCAUGAAAGUCUCGAUUGGAAGACUAUUCCCGCCGCUCUACCCGUGGACAUCUAG